AUGGCCGCGAUGGCAGCCCUCAUGGCGUCGCUGAGCGGCGCAGUCGCAGCGCCGAGGGACGUCUUGCGAAGCCCGCGGGCGCCCGGGCUGGCCAGGAUGCUCGUGGACCAGAUCCCCUGCAGUCCAACGAUGCCUGGGCCGAGGCGCGGGCAGCUCAAGGGCCGUUACACCAAGGUGGUGCAGGACAACGUGGCCAGCGUGGGCAACAAGGUCGCGAGCGACUGCAAGGCGGCCACCACCGUGGCCAUCCGGGAGCUCGGGGAGACCUUCGAGGCGAGGUGCACCAACAUCGAGAAGAACGUCAACCAGCAGGGCUCCAAGAUCAACAAGUGCGAGGCCCAGACUGUCUCGCUCCAGCGGGACGUUCAGGAGCUCCGCGAGCAGCUCGAGAUCGCGAAGAAGGAGGUGCCGGAGCCAAAGGUCCCUCUCGAGGAGGCUCAGCGCUUCACCCGCCUGCCCGACCCGGCCAUCCUUGUGGCGCGGACACGCGCGGCGGCCGCUGUGGCCAUGGCGGAAGUGGAGAACGCGCUGCAGGAGUGGCUUGGGGCGGCCAACUUGCUGGCCGCGGAAGGGCAGGAGGCGAAGUACAAGAUCGAGGGAGAGCAGGUUGGCAGCCGAUUCGUGGUGCGGAUGCAGGGGCUCCCGGGCACGGCGGCGCUGCGGGCCAGGCAGGCCGAUUCGGCGCUCCGCACGCCCGAGGGCUCAUGGAGGUCCUUCCGGGCAAAGGGGCUCGGCUCCGCCGGCAUGGUGGAACUCUUCGUCGGGCUGGGCCGGAACCCCAAGCAGGUGCGCACGGAGAUCAUCUGCAAGCAGGCGAAGCGGAUCCUCUCCGCCACCUACCCCGACUGGAGGUGGUUCGUCGACAAGGACUCGGGCACGGUCAGCACGGGCUGGAAGGGGGUGCUGCAAAUCCAGGUGGACGAUGCGCCGUCGCUGCCGCGCCUGGGCUGGUGCCACAAGCACACGGCGCUGUUCGGCGUGGACGAGUCGGCCGUCGCGGAGGAGCUCCUGGCCGGCGUGCCGAGGGCCGACGUGGCGCUGCAGUGCAGGGACCGCCCGCACUCGAUGACGAAGUGGGGGUACUUGAAGCGCCUGCUGGUCCCUGGCACGGUGGUGGCGGUGCAGGAGACGCAUGGCAGCGCUGAGUUAUUAUCGCAGACGCUGGCUAGGAUGGGUCCUGGUUGGCAGGUGCGGCACUCGCCUCAUCGUGAUGCGGGCGCUGGUGGGGUUGCAACGUUUUGGCCAGCCCUUGUUGGGUCAUCGUGCUGCAGCGGCGGGGAGGGGCCUGCGCCAGUUUUGUCUGAGGGGGAAGUCAUUGUUGCGGGGGGGAUUUUGCGUGCGGAGCUCGCCAUCCCGAACUCCGAUUUCAAGCUGAUUCAUUAUAACAUCCACAACCGCGGUAUUUCCGCUGCGAUGGUGAGCGCGUUCCAGCAGCGGCUUGCCGUCGACGAGCGGGAGGUCCAGGCGCGCCCGCAGAGUGUCUUCCUGGUUGUUGCGGGGGACUUCAACAUUCCUGAAGGCUCCGCACGGCCGCUCUGCCCUGGCGUGGGUGCAGCGGCCGAGGGUGGCAACCUAAACGGUCGCGCCCGGCGGCCGCCGGGCCAAUCGUCCCAGCAGCCGAGCGUCGAGCCAGGCCCCUCGGGCGGCCGGCCGGCCCAUCGGCCGCUCGAGGCUCAAUGGCGGCGUGCGCUGGCGGGCUUGAUCAGGAUCGAGCACGAGGAGCCGACCCGGGUGGGCCGCGCUAGGGGCAGAGUCUCCACCCUCGACCACAUCUACGCGGGGUGCCCUGGCUGGCUCUUCAAUCAGUUGGAGGGCUCGGUCAGCCUGGCUGGCGCGCCGGAGGUUGUGGAGGCGAGUGGCAUCAGUGACCAUGCUGCCAUUGCGGUGCGUUUGCGGCCGCGCUCGGCGACGCCCGUGGCCGAGCGCCCCAUCGAGCCCAACCUACUUCGCCUGCCCUUCUUCGUGGAGGAGAUGACGCUCAUGCUGGAGCAAGUGGACCCCAGCGGCAUCGCGGCGCCCUCGAAACUGCUCCUGUUCAAACAAUUGGGGCGCGAGGCUGCGCGUCGCACCCGGGAUUGGCUUCUUCUCGAGGAUCCUGAAGCUCACGGCGCACAGUAUCAGCUGGUGCGCUCGUUGGCGCGCGCGGCAUGGCGUCAGGAUGCGCGGCCGGCGGCCCGGGGGGUGGCGACCUGCCCGGCGCUCGCUGGCUACCUGGAUCUGGAGGCGCUGCCUGGCCGCGUCGUUAUCCGCGACCCCGUGGCCUUCCAGUCUUGCUCGGAUCGCCUCCGCGCGGAGCACCUGGAGCAGGAGAAACGGCUCAUUGAGGAGCACAAGAACACCGUCAAUGUGAGGGAUGGGGCGAAGUGCGAGCGGAAGCUGGGGACCGUCGCGCGGAGAGCGGCGCUCUGGCUGCCGCGGGGCAGGAGGGCGCGGCUGCAGGCCCUCGUCGUCGGGGGCGACGUGGUGAGGGACGAGCUGAGCAUCGCCCAGGGGCUGAGGGAGCAUUGGGGCCGGGUGUUUGAGCGCAAGCCCGUCGACCAGAGGAGGACGCACGCUUAUCUCGACCGGAUGGGGAUCCACCACGAGGACUUCGGCGCGCUGGAGCCCCCCACGGCGUGCGACUUCGAGCGGAAGCUUGCCGAGAGCCUAGGCCGGAGCGCGCCUGGGCCGGAUGGCCUGCGCUAUGAAUUCUGGCGUCAGGCCCCGGGGGCUGCUGGCCUCUUGGCUGAGGCAGCGCAGUGGAUGGCUGACGGCAACGGCAUGAAUGCGGAGUUCAACGAUUGCCUGGCCCUCUUCAUUCCGAAGGGGGACUUCGACUUGGACGGGGAGGAGGUGCAGCGGGGGGCGGGGGACAUGCGCCCGUUGAGCCUCCGCAGCACCGAUAACAAGGUGAUUGCGUCUGUUCUGGCGGACAAGCUGGCACGGGUGGCUCGGAAGGCCGUGCCGUCUUCGCAGAGAGGCUUCGUCAAGGGGCGCAUCUUCGGGCGCAGCGUGGUCGCGCUGGACGGUGCGGCGCGCGUGCACUCGGCGUUGGACGUGCCGCGCGCCCGGCUUCCGGCGCUCGCAUUCUUUGACUUCCAGCGCGCCUUCCCGAUCAUCAGCCAGCUGUUCAUGAUGGAGGCGAUGAGGAGGACGGGGAUCCCGGACGGCGCAGUCAACAUGCUGCAGGGGUUCUACGCCGGCGUGCACUGCUUGGGCACGGCGCACGGGCAGCUGGUCUUCCUUUUCGCGCUGGAGGCGGGCAUCCUGCAGGGGUGCCCUUUAUCGGGGGUGCUGUUCGCCCUGUGCACGGCAUCCUUGUUCGCGGACUUGGAGAUGCAUGUGGACGCGAAGGGUCGCGGUACGACUGGUGGCUGCGCGGACGACGUGGGCCUUGCCCUCAAACAACUGAUGUCGCUGCUCCCCGUGGAGCGGAUCUUUGCCAUCUAUGAGAAGAUCGCCUGUUUGCAGCUCAAGCCGUCCAAGUGCAUCCUAGCGCCGGUCGGGGAGCCCUUCGGCCCGGACGUGGUGCAGCGCAUUCUGGCCUGGUUGCGGGGGCAUCUGCCGCAGUGGGAGUCCUUCAAUGUGAAGCCUUGGGCCGACUAUCUCGGUGCGCGCUUGGGCCCCAGCGUCACGGAUCAGGUGUUGUGGAGCAAGCCGUGGCAAAAAUGGCGCGGGCGCGGUCAUGCGCUGGGGCGCACUGGCGCCUCGUCGCUGGAGACGGGCGCAUUGUGCAACCAGCGCGCGGUGCCGACCAUGGGCUAUCUUGCGCAGUUCGCCGCCCUGCCCAAGGACGGCGCUCUCCGAGAGCGGGCGGUCCUCGCCUCCACCUUCAGGACGCCGCGCAACGUCUGGGGGUGGGGGGACUGGUUCUCCCUGGGUCGCUGGUGUGGCCCGCCCAUCCGCUCGGUGGUGAUGGCGGCGAUGGCCACUCUCAUGCGCGCGGCGCUGGUCUCCCAUAGCAACUGGCAGGAGUGGAUCCAGAAGAUGGACGCCACGAUGAUGAAAGCCUCGCUGCUGGUCAUCGGCAGGCGGCAGCGGUAUCCAGGCCACUGGAUGCGACAGUCCUUUGCGGAGGACCUCUGCGACGCAGCCGGUGGGUUCGCCAGCCGCGGAGGGAUGGUCGCCGUCGCCGGCCGUUGUGCUCUGCAGGAGGCCCGGGCGAAGUUGGAGGACACUCGCGCAUUGGAGGGCCGCGACGGGAGGCCGAGGAGCAAGGAUAUUCAGGCCACCACCCAGAGGGCGCUCGAGCGGACGCUCCUGCCCGACGAGUUGGCGGCCCUGCAAUUCAGGCGCGCCGUGACUUGGUGGCCCGGGCUCACGAUGUGGAUCGUCGACGUCCAGUGGGAGCGGCUCCGGGCCCUGCUGAUGAAGGUGCUUGCGUCAUGGGCGUCGGCCGUCUUGCGCACCUGGUCGGGUGCCUGGACCGCGGCGGCACGCAUCGAGCCCACGGCUGGCCGCUGCGUGGACGGGACUGCUCUUCGGGCGUGCCGCUUCGGGUGCCUGGAGGAGCUGGACGACCAGCGGCACUACUUCGCGUGCCCGGUCCUCGGGAGGAUCAUCGAGGGAGCGCUGGGCCUGGACCACCUGCCCAUCGAUCUGCUCGUUCGCUGGGGCUAUACGAGCACGGCCGAGAAGGAUCUCUUAGUGCCCGCCCUCGCGUACUCGAUUUUUAACUGGGCGAAGCCGCUCGCGGAGGGUGGUGCGAUUCUUUCCCUUGAACGUUUAAGCGAAGUUGCCAAGGCGGCACUUGAGAUCCUUCUCCGUGCUCGUGCAGGCUGCAGGAGGUGUGGGCCGGCCACGCUCCUCUCUUAUUGCGACCCGCUGACGGAGGCUCGGCGGUCGGGCCCUGGGGGCGGCCGGGGCCGG